GUGACGGCCCAUUUCCUGGUCGGAUGGGGCCGGCGGGGGGCGGCGGUGGGGUCGGUCCGUGUCCCUGACGGGCUCGGUGGCCGCCGGUGACGCCGCCAGGCAGCGAUGCGGGCCCCGGGCCCUGCCGGCAGCCGGCCCCCGCCGUGACCCGGUGGGGCUGCGCACGCCGGCCCCGCGGGGCGCAUGGAGGCACUCGCCGCCCUCUGCGAGGUGUGAGUCCCCGGGGGACAGYGCGGCUCGGCCCCGCCAGGCGAGCGGCCCCGGGCCCCCCUCAGCGGCCGCUCAGGGAGCAGGAGGGGCUCGGGACCUGACACCGGCAUCGCCCCCAUCGCCGGCAGCUGCCGCCUCCUGAGACAUGAAGAAGUUUUUCGACUCACGCCGGGAGCAGGGCGGCUCCGGGCCCGGGUCGGGCACCAGCGGCGGCGGCGGCGGCAGCAGCGGCCCGGGCAGCGGCUACAUCGGCCGGGUCUUCAGCAUCGGCCGACACCAGGUCACUGUGGACGAGGUGCUGGCGGAAGGUGGCUUUGCAAUCGUGUUCCUAGUGAGGACAAGCAAUGGGGUGAAAUGUGCCCUGAAGAGGAUGUACGUCAAUAACGAGUACGACCUGCAGGUCUGCAAGAGAGAAAUCCAGAUCAUGMGGGAUCUGUCUGGCCACAAGAACAUUGUGGGGUACAUCGACUCCAGUAUCAACUCUGUCAGCAGCGGGGACGUGUGGGAAGUGCUGAUCCUCAUGGACUUCUGCCGGGGGGGGCAGGUKGUGAACCUGAUGAACCAACGCCUGCAGACUGGCUUCACUGAGAGCGAGGUGCUGCAGAUCUUCUGUGACACCUGCGAGGCCGUGGCCAGGCUGCACCAGUGCAAGACUCCCAUCAUCCACAGGGAUCUCAAGGUUGAAAACAUCCUGCUGCAUGACCGUGGCCACUAUGUCCUGUGUGACUUUGGAAGUGCUACAAACAAAUUCCAGAACCCUCAAACAGAAGGGGUGAAUGCRGUCGAGGAGGAGAUCAAGAAGUACACGACGUUAUCGUACAGAGCACCAGAGAUGGUCAACCUAUACAGUGGCAAACUCAUCACUACAAAAGCAGACAUAUGGGCCCUGGGCUGUUUGCUGUACAAGCUGUGUUACUUCACCUUGCCCUUUGGGGAGAGCCAGGUGGCCAUUUGUGAUGGCAACUUCACCAUUCCAGACAACUCCCGGCACUCCCAGGACAUGCACUGCCUCAUCCGGUAUAUGCUYGAGCCAGACCCUGAUAAGAGACCUGACAUUUAUCAGGUCUCCUACUUUGCGUUCAAACUGGCCAAGAAGGAGUGCCCGGUGCAGAAUGUUCAGAACUCUCCAAUCCCUGCUAAACUCCCAGACCCAGUUAAAGCAAGUGAAGCUGCUGCAAAGAAGAGUCAGCCAAAGGCCAGGCUCACAGACCCCAUCCCCACAACAGAAACGUCCAUAGCACCCCGCCAGAGACCUAAAGCAGGACAGACCCAGCCCAACCCUGGAAUUCUGCCCAUCCAGCCAGCCCUGACGCCCAGGAAGAGAGCCACGGCCCAGGCAGCCAUUCAGCCCCAGGUUGCAGGCCCAGCUGCCCUGGGCAGUGCUCAGCCCUCGGUCCCUGCCAGUGCCCCCCAGCCCAAGGCAGCCCCCCAGCAGCCUGCAGCCCAGCCCCAGGCCAAGCCAGCCCCAGCCCCCCAGGCACAGCCCCAGGUCCCUGCAGCACAGCCCCAGGCCACCCCUCAGCAUCAGCAGCAACUUUUCCUCAAGCAGCAGCUCCUGCAGCAGCAGCAGCAGCAACAACAGCAGCAGCAGGCUGCCUACUUCCAACAGCAGCAGCAGAUGAUGCAGGCACAGCAGUUCCCAGUGAUGCAGCAAGGAGCACCUGCACAGCAGCAGCUGAUGCAGAACUACUACCAGCAGCAGCAGCAGCAGCAGCUGAUGGCCCAGCAGGCAGCCAUGCAGCAGAAGACCACAGCAGCAGCAGCAGCAGCAGCUCAGCAGAAGCAGCAGCCUCCAGUGCAGCCCCAGGCCCAGCCCAGUGCGACACCGCCGGCACAGCCACAGGAGCAGGGGGCACAGGCCCAGGCCCAGGCACAAGCGAGGCAGCAGCAGCCGCAGCAGAAGGCUCAGGGCACAGCCCCAGCACAGGGGCAGAAGCAGGGCUCGCUCACGCCRCCGUCCUCGCCCAAGGCACAGCGCGCCGGGCACCGCCGCAUCCUCAGCGAUGUCACCCACAGCGCCGUGUUCGGAGUGCCCGCCAGCAAAUCCACACAGCUCCUGCAGGCAGCUGCUGCUGAGGCCAGCCUCAACAAAUCCAAGUCUGCUUCCACCACACCCUCGGGCUCGCCAAGGACCUCGCAGCAGAAUGUCUACAACCCUCCCGAUGUCUCCACGUGGAACCCCUUUGAUGAYGACAACUUCUCCAAGCUCACAGCUGAGGAGCUGCUGAACAAGGACUUUGCAAAGCUGGGGGACGGGAAAGCUCCAGAAAAGACGGGCAGUUCCACAGAGAACUUGAUGCCAGGUUUCCAGCCCGCUUCGUCUGCAGCCCAGGCAGAUGCGUUUGGUGGCUCUUCCUUCACUGCUGGGGCAGCUGAAAAAACGAAAGACAUUCUGAGUUUGGACUCUAGCCCUCCUCUUCUGACUGUGCCUGAUCCUUUCAUUCCUCUCCCGUUAUCCGACACUCCAGAAAAACUGAUUGAGGGACUCAAAUCUCCCGAGCCUGCACUCCUGCUCCCUGAGCUGCUGCCUCUCGCUGACCCCUUCGGUAGCACAUCAGACGCUGUGAAUGGAAAAGCUGACGUGGCUGUGGAGAGCCUGAUCCCGGGGCUGGAGGCCCCGCUGCCCCAGCGCCUCGUGUCCCAGAGCGAGUCGGUGGCCUCCAACAGAACAGACUCUCUCACUGGGGAAGACUCUCUACUUGACUGUUCUCUGCUCUCUAACCCUGCUGCUGACCUCGUGGAUGAGUUUGCUCCUGUAGCUUUUGCAGCUCAGCCUCACAAAGAAGAUACUAACCUGAUAUCAGGCUUUGAUGCUCCUGAGGGCUCUGAAAAAGUGACAGAAGAUGAGUUUGACCCAAUUCCAGUGUUGAUAUCCAAAAAUUCACAAGGUYUGCAGAGGGAUCCAGGCCUGUUCCCAGCUGUAGCUCUUGAGCUCCAUGAAGGAGAUUCUGGCAGUGAUGGACUCGCUUUGUACAAGGGUCAGCCUGAGAUGCUGGAUGUGAAAGUGCAGCGCAACUCAGAGUCAGAGUACUUGGCUAGAGAUGGUCCUUCAAGCAACAGCUCCUUCUACAGUAGUGAAGGAGAGGGAACAGACCAGGAGGGAGAUAUUCUGGAUUGCAGCGGGUCCAGGCCUUUACUGAUGGAUUCGGAAGAGGAGGAGGAGACCUGCAAGUUGUGCCCAGGGUUCCUGCAGCCUGCACCCAGGGAGAGGCAUGAGRCCUCCAAAGAACAUCCCCACUCCCAGGCCAGAGCAGGGGAGMCGCUGUUCCCGGCCUUCCAGACUCACACUGGAGAGGUUUUUAAUGAACCGGAUGUUUUUGCCACAGCUCCUUUCCGAAGCUUAAGGAAGGUGCCUGAUGAAGUGGAUGUCUUUACCAAAGCUCCUUUUAUCUGCAAGGGCAACACAGCCCUACAACAUCCAGAAGAAGCAGAUGUGUUUCUGAGAGCCCCUUUCACGAAGAGGAAAAGCACAGAAGAGUUGACUUCCCAUAAGGAGCCGUUCACACCACCCGUCUUCUUAAGCCAAGGAGGCGAUGGCCGAGCUCAUCUGAUAUUCCCCAGCCUGGAUUCAGCRGCACAGGGGUCCAUGGCCUCAGUGAGACCUCCAUAUCCUUCUGCUGGGUUUGCUCAGCCAGGCAAUCUCCAUCCCUCCUCCGUAAGAGCCUUGGAGGCCCAAGAGAGUGUCCCUGCUAAAGCAGUGCUGCCAGAGCAGGGCGAUGUGGCCAGUGAGAGGGGCCACAGCCACGCGUUGGCCCCGGAAGCUGCGCUGGGCUCUGUGGCCAACAAGCCUUUCCGUCCGCAAUCCUUGUCCAAGUAUUCCCGACACUACAGUCCUGAAGAUGGGCCGGACCUCGAAGCCAAGCCCAUAGCUGCUUACAAAGUGGUGUCUCAGACCAACAGACAGGCCAUAGCAGGGUCUGUCUCUGUUGUCCCACUGUCUUCCAGGACUACGGAGCUGCCCGGCGCGGAUCCCUUCGCCUCAGCGCCCUUCCCUUCCAAAGCGGCGAAGCAGAAGCCUUAAUGUGCCAGGAGCUGGGGGCUGUGCUUCCUGCAGGACCACCUUGCACAGGACCUCGAACCUCUUAGCUGAAAUGAAUGACAUAGCAAUAUAUAUAUAWAAAAUAAUUAUUAUUUUUGGUCAGAACUCUAUUUGCAGUGAUAUAUAGUUGAACCAUUUAAGUUAUGUUAGUCCAAAUGCCUGGCACUCAGGAUCCUCGUGUCCUUUCCAGUUGCUUCUCACCUUCCUCCUCUCACUGUCUUCCUUCCACUCAUUUUUUUUAGAUGCUUUUCUCAGACCAAUAGUAUUCCAUAUUUUCUGGUCCUGGGUGGAGAAAUGCAUUACAAGAUGAAUUAAAAGGUUUAUUAAUUACAGAGCGAGUCAAGCGGGACUUGCUAAUGCUCUGGAAAGGACAUAAUUUCACAGGUUAAAGAGUUACUGUGACUUCUCCUAUCAGUGAUAUUGCUGCUGCUCAGCAGCAGUGCUGCCAUGGCUCCAGGGUGUUGGUGGGUGAUGUGYCCAUGGAGCACAUGGGGGCCAGUCUGGGCAGUGCUGCUGAGAGCAGAGCCGUGGGCAGCAGCACAGCUUUGCUCACCCAGGAGUGGAACACGUGGCAUGGCAGUGCUGCUGCCCCGGGGCUGGGGCCGUAGUCAGAGAAGGACUCACAGUGCCUUCAUGCUGUGAAUGCCAACCAAGCAAUCAGGCUGUUACUGUUGGUGGAAAAUCAAAUGAUUGCGCAAACAAUCAGGCAAAGCUUUCACUUUUACACGUGUGUUUCCUGUCUGGUCUAUGCUAAAGUGUAGGACCUGGAAAUCUGCUUGUGGUGAAGGAGAGACAUAUAUUUACAGUAUAAAAAAGAGGCCUUAUGGGAAGAUUUCUGAUGUAAAUAUCUCCAUAACAGUCCUGAUGUACCUCACGUGGUGGGUGACUCAGCAGUGGCCACAGCCCUGUUAGACUGGUUUAUACUGGCAGAAAGUUUGACWCAAAGUGAAUUCUGCCUAUUGUUUUUCUGUUGGUUAAGGGUGAACCUAAACAAAAUCCAUUUGCUCUCCUGAAGUGUUAUGUUUUCUAUCCUGUUCCCAAAGAGCAGGGCAGUGUUAUUGCCUGGUUGGGCAACGAUGUAGUGAAUUCCAGUCAAGAGGAAGAGGCAGCUGGGCAGACCCAGGUAGACUGUGCUCCCAGCUCUUCUCACKAAUAGAGCACAGUCAGAUGAGUGAAGUCAUCUUUAUUUUGAAGAAUGCCUGGUUGUUUAAAUUGUCCUGGAUCUUCUGGCCUGCAAAGGCUGCUUAUGAGUGUGGACUGGCUCUCAAAURCCUGGUUAUCAGGGCUUUGUGGGCUCCCAGUCCAAGCUGGAGCUUUGUGCUGAGGGUAAAGGACAAAUUCUACAUUGGGGAAUCUCCCACAGGUGGCUUUGCAGUCUUUGGGUGUUUGCAGGGGAAAGCAYGUGUUGGUCUCUGAAUAGGACUGGCUGUAUGUAGAGCAGGUUCCUCCAUCUACUUCCAGAUGUGUUUGCACUUGGAGAGUAAGUCCUGGCAAUAGUGUCCCUGCAAGAGAGGGAAGGAUCAGCUGUAGCUCCUCACUGGAGUCUCACCACCGAGAGCUGCUGCAGCUGAAAACAGACUUUGGUCUAGUUUUGUGAGCAGAAAUACCUGACCCCUCCUGCAGCACCCAGCUCUGUCUGAAGCCCCAACACUAAGCAUUAAAGGGAUUCAGGAGGCUUAUUAAAGAUCGGUGUGAAGGCUGCAAAAAAGCAGAACAUUGCACAGUUCAGGGCAGAYUCACUGCUGAGUUUUCAUCCCAGCAUAAGGGGAGGAUGGAUAGAUGGAKGGAUGGCUGGAAAAAUCUGAGUGCUGGGWGGGGACUGCAAUGCAUUUGCAAAUGGGAAUCACCAACUGCUCUGUGUUCCUUUUCCCUUCCCUCARUUCAGUUCCCCUGCAAAAUCUCUCCAGUUGCAAGAGAUGAGGCAAGUGUUCUGCUGGAUGUGGGGAUUGCCUGGAAGGGAGAGGGAAAAGCUUGGACUGAGGUCUUAGAGCCCUGGGGUGGGGAGGGAGAAUACUGGAAUGCAARGAGGCCAUGUUAGCUCCCCACAAGUUGCUGGUGAAUAGUGACUGGCCAAGCCCAGGUCAGGGGAGCUCGUGGAGAUGGGAACCUUUUGCCCUGCACUGCUGUGCUCGGAGUUAAUAAAUAUUGGUGCAUAGUGGUGGUUAUGGGGCUUUCUGUCCUCCAUCACCAUCUCUUGAAAACGAGUACUGUAAAGAAGUUUCUGGGUUUCCCUUGAGAUAUUUCUUCAGCAAAGCUGAGGCUGUUAUUAUGUUUUGUUAAUGUUUAAUUUUCUGUUUGAAUAUACACCCAAAAUAUGGUGGUUUUUAUUUUAAGUAUACGUACCCCCAAGUCAGUUGUUGCUGGAUGGGAUCAGUGAGAGACACAGACAAUGACUGUGACAGCAAACUGUGAAUUCAAGGAGAGUGAGCGUGAGGGCCCAGACUUGUUCCAACACCAGCCUGUGUCACAGCCACACUGAGCCAUGGGCUACAUUUGAGCUGUUGAAUUUACUCAGGAGCUGCUGGAAGGGAGGUCAGGCCUUGGUGGUGUGGGAUGAACCUGUGGAACAGGGAGAUGCUUUGCUGGAAUGAGCAGGUACCUUGUCUGAACCAUGUGGGUUCAAGGUGUUACCUCYGCUCACUAGAUUCAGGUGCUCCUUCCUUCUUUACAUUUUUACUUGAAAAAUUGCUUCUGAAUAAUUCUGUGAAGCUUCUGUCAGUGCCACAUCCAGGUCCCACAGAGCUGAUGCUGGAGGAGCAUCAGCCUGUCCCUUCGUGCUCGGAGAAAGGGAAGGUGCACCAAGGUGUGUGGGCUCCACUCCAGCCCUGCUCAGUUGGGUCAGGCUGCAUUUCCAGCUGGCAUUUUGGCAGCUUUUCUGUCCUUCAGGCACUUUACACAAAGAGCAGGCUAACUGUGCCCCAGAGCUCAUGAUCCUGACAGACACAUCCAGUGCUUAAAUGGUUUUAAAUCUCUUCUGGGGGUGGAGGCAGCUCAUCUGUAUGUCUGCAUGUGACUCAUAAAGUAAUGGGACUUUUGGUCAGAAAACUCAAUUUCAAUGCCUGUUACUCUGAUAUCCUUCUCAUUUCCAGCCUGUCUUCCUCCUAAUCCUGUACUAUCACUGCUGCAGCCUCAGUUUGAUGAGUUGUAAGUGAAAUUUCAUUUCCACAGCCUCUGAAGCUUACURUUUUAAUGUAUGGGGAAGAAUCAUGCAAUCAUGCUAAUUAUUUGCGACACAAUCAGCGAUCUUAAUGAAGUAAGACUUAUAUAGACUUAAUGCAGUGUUUUGAAAUCAGUUUUCUGAACAGAACCACUGGUUUCAUGUCUUCUGUAAAGCUGUAGUAAAUGGUGUUCACUGCUCUGGGCCUUUGUGCAUGGCCACAGCGUUAUCACAUCCUUGCGACAAUCCCAGAUUCCUGCUGGGAGAGGGACUGGUUCUUGCUUCUCACCCACUGAAUGCACUCAAGUCUCUAUUGAAAGUGAUUAAUCAGAAUUUCUGCAUGGGUGAAACAUGCAGUUGCCUCUUUGCUCACUGCCGUGAUGUUGGGCCAGCACUGGGGGAACCCUGCCCUCCCUCACUGCUGCAGGACUUUGGGGGCUGUYCCCUCUCCCUUCAGCCAGCUUGGCACCAGUCACAACCCGUCAAGUUUACACUUCAGCCUCCUGAAGCCAGCGCACACUCUGCAUGGAGCACACAGGUGACACUGAGCUCGUGACCCCAACCCCAUGUGAGCACUGGUGACACAGCCUGAUCGUGUCCUCAGUGCAAAGGCAGCAAAACCCGGCGACAUCUGCUGAAUUGCUGAACUCAAUCACUCCAAAGUGGUAACUGGUUACUUUAACUCAGCUUCCACCAAAGACUCUUGUGUUGGGGAGUUGAAUUUUGUGGGUUUUUGUUUCUUUCCUUGUGGUGUUAAAUCAAGGCCUUUGAGUACACUGACAGACCCCAAAGCAUUCUUCCGGUAGGUAUCAUGUUCCAGCAAAAUCCUGUUGCAGUUCUGAAACACAUUCCUGAAACCUCAUCAGCUGCAUUAGUGUUUCCAGAAAUAACCCAGGGCCUGUAGUUUCUGUUGUAGGUGGGUAAAUACCCUCACACACACAUCUAGAAUUACUCCCUUGUGAAGUUAGAGGGAUAAAGUAGAUGCAGUGUUCCUGAUCCCUGGCCUCCAAAGGGAUGGGGUGGGAGGGCAGGGGGCUCUCUCUGGUGUGGGAUGCAGCAGGUAGAGCAUCCUCCACACUGAGUAUGGUGGUGGGAGAAAUGCCUUUGUGUCCAGCUGGAGCCGGAGCUGGGAGCAUCUGUGGUCCCCACAAUGACACAGUGAYUGUCCCAUGGGCCGUGUUUCCUCUGUCCCCCUGGCACCUCUGGCCUGCCAGAUCCCUGGGCACAARUUUUGCACUCCGGGUGGGAUCAUCUGUUCCUGGUAAUCAUGAAGAAAUGUUCCACUUGUAAACCUAUGUACAUUUUAUUAAAACUGUAUCUGAUGACAACCACCAUYUCCGCUGUGCCUUCCUUCUCCCCUCUCCAUGGAAAAUAUUUUUGCUGGAUGCAGGGAAUCUGUGUUUUAAUGAGUUCUUCCUACUGAGGUACUGAACUGGGUCUGGCCCUGCUGUUUUAUCUGGCACCUGUAAAGUCAAACUGAUCUUGYUGCUUUAAGCAGAGGAUAUUUCAGUUUCCAUCCAGUUUAUAUUCCAGAGAGAAUCCUCCCUAUCCAGGGCAGUGCUGCUGCUACAGACAGCACAGAGCAACUGAGC